CCUGAGUUGGAGCAAAAGCCAACCCCCUUUCCCCUUUGUUUCUUCUAUAAAAACCCACAUACCCUUUCUUUCAUUUACACCCCACACUCCCAUAACCAACAACAAACAUCUCCUCUGCAUCAUCAAAUCUCUACUUUUAUUAUUUUCUUCUUCCAAUUCUUUUUCUUUUUCUCUCAAAAAAAAGAAAAAAAAGAAAAAAAAGAAGAAAGAAACAACUAUGCCUGAAGCUCCAAAAGAAACAUAUGAUCAGCAGAAAAAAACCAUGGAAGAAUACAACAAUAUGUAUGAAAAGAACAAAAAAUCUCUAGAGUUCAUAGAAGAAGUAACAGAAAAUGCUGAUCAUGUCCAAAAAAGAGUUCUCUUUGAAAUCUUAACUCGAAACUCGAACGUUGAGUACCUUCAAAGGCAUGGCCUUAAUGGUGCUACUGAUAGAGAUACCUUCAAAAAACUUAUCCCUGUUAUCAAAUAUGAAGAUAUUCAAUCUGAUAUUACUCGCAUCGCCAAUGGUGAUAAAUCCCCCAUUCUUUGCUCUCAUCCUAUCUCCGAGUUUCUUACCAGUUCUGGAACUUCUGGAGGAGAAAGAAAAUUGAUGCCAACAAUUGAAGAAGAGUUAGACAGAAGGUGCAUGCUAUACAGCUUACUAAUGCCAGUAAUGAGUCAAUUUGUACCUGGCCUAGAUAAAGGCAAAGGGAUGUAUUUUUUGUUCGUAAAAUCCGAAGCAAAAACCCCAGGUGGGCUUUUUGCUAGACCUGUUUUAACCAGCUAUUAUAAGAGUUCACAUUUUCAGAACCGACCUUUUGACUCAUACACCAACUACACUAGCCCAAAUGAGACCAUCCUUUGCUCUGACUCAUACCAAUCUAUGUACUCUCAAAUGCUCUGUGGCCUUUGUCAAAACAACGAGGUUCUUCGGGUCGGGGCGGUUUUUGCUUCCGGGUUUAUCCGGGCUAUAAAGUUUCUAGAGAAGCAUUGGACUCUUUUAGCCCAUGAUAUCCGUGUUGGGUCCUUAAACCCGGAAAUCACUGACCCAAUAGUCCGUGAUGCAGUUAUGCAGAUCCUUAAACCUGACCCAAAAUUAGCGGAUUUUAUUGAGUUAGAAUGUAGCAAAGAGUCGUGGCAAGGGAUUAUUACACGUCUAUGGCCUAACACAAAAUAUGUUGAUGUUAUAGUAACAGGGACCAUGGCACAAUAUAUCCCUACCCUUGAUUAUUAUAGUAAUGGUUUACCACUUGUUUGCACUAUGUAUGCCUCUUCAGAGUGCUAUUUUGGUGUCAAUCUUAACCCACUCUGCAAGCCAAGCGAAGUUUCUUAUACCCUUAUUCCUUCUAUGGGUUACUUCGAAUUCUUACCUGUUCAACGCAACGUUAAUGGUGUUACCAAUUCCAUCUCUAUGCCUAAAUCUCUCACCGAAAAGGAGCAACAACAACUCGUCGAGCUAACUGAUGUUAAGCUCGGACAUGAGUACGAGCUCGUCAUCACCACUUACGCCGGACUGUACAGAUACAGGGUAGGCGACGUGCUAAGGGUGGCAGGGUUUAAGAACAAGGCACCACAAUUCAACUUCGUGUGCCGGAAAAACGUGGUCUUAAGCAUAGACUCCGACAAGACUGAUGAAGUUGAGCUACAAAAUGCGGUAAAGAAUGCAGUAACACAUUUACAGCCAUUUGACGCCACCUUGCUAGAGUACACAAGCUACGCUGAUCUCUCAACCAUACCAGGCCACUAUGUGCUCUUCUGGGAGUUGAGCCGCAACGGGUGCACAACGGUGCCGCCGUCGGUUUUUGAGGACUGCUGUCUAGCCAUUGAGGAGUCUCUUAACAGUGUGUAUAGGCAAGGAAGAGUUUCAGAUAAGUCAAUUGGACCUUUGGAGAUUAAGGUAGUAGAAAGUGGUACAUUUGAUAAGUUAAUGGAUUAUGCUAUUAGUUUAGGGGCGUCUAUUAAUCAGUAUAAAACUCCUAGGUGUGUGAAAUUUGCACCCAUUGUGGAGUUGUUGAACUCAAGAGUGGUGUCAACUUACUUAAGUCCUAAGUGUCCUAAAUGGGUUCCUGGUCACAAACAGUGGUGUAAUGGUAAUGAGGAGAGAUGAGAUUGAGAUUCAGACAGAGAUAAUCACUGAUUAAUGUAAGGAGGAUUGAUUAAAGAUUAGAAUCACAAGAUUUUGUGAUCAUUUUGGGGGUGAUUUUAAACAGAUGAAGAAAAGAAAGGAAAGGGGGAGAAGGGAGAUCAAGUAUAUCAAGUCUAAUGUUAGUUUUUCUUUUUUCUACUUUUUUCCUUUUUUUUUUUCUUCUUUUUGAUAAUUAUGUAUGAAUUAUUGUAGCCCUUGUUUAAGAGCAAUGCCUAGGAACUCUGAAAAUUUUAGGCUUCCUUUUGUACAAAAUUAAAAUAGUUUUUUUCUUUUUUAUGGAAAAAAUUUCAGUUGAA